UGUCACAGCUGCAGCCGGGGAGGAUGUGUGUUUGAGGGUGUGUCUCACAUCUCCCCUCUCUCUCUACCAUCACAAGCUGCUUUGACGUCUGGUUGAGUUCCUCGUUUUGCACAUUUGGAUGAAUGGCUGCUUUUCAAUAGAACCAUAUAAACAUGGUGGACACGUACUCCAGGGCUUGGUCGAGUCAUCGGGCCAAGCAGGCCCUGACCCUGCCGGUGGUUCCCCAGGUGGAGAAUGAAAGCCUCCGCUCAGCCAUCUACGUCAACGUAGCACAGCUUCGCCAGAGCAUCUCUGAGUCUCCCCCCUCGGCUCCCUCGUCCUACUCUCCUUCCUACCUCGACCAAGAGGGAUGGGAGGUGCACAUUGACCAGGAGAGUGGACAGGAGUACUUCUACCACCCGUCCACCGGGCAAACCACCUGGGACAAUCCCUUUCUAGACUCCCCCACGGACCCCAAGCGUCUCCCUGCCUUGGACCCUUGCUCCCCCUCGCCUCCCCAGUCACCUGCCCUCUCUCUGUCCACCUCCUCCCCCCCUGCGUGGCCCUCAGACUGGGAGCAGUUGGUGGAUGAGACCAGUGGUCGCCCCUACUUCUACAACCCAAUGUCUGGGGAGACGUCCUGGGAGCCUCCAGAGCUGCUGAGCCCGUAUCCGCCUCUGAUGGAGCCGAUGAGCGUGCACAGGUUUCACGAGGACGGGCCGCCUCCUCUGCCUGAAGAGGACUACCCCUCGGAGGAUUACCCAUCAGCUGCUGAACAAACAGAGGUCUACAAGGAGAUCCUAGCCACGGGACCUCCCACCCUCCCUAAAGAGUACACCCUCGGCCACGUGAGCCGGACCAUCAUCCCCAGGGCCAACCUGGACCGCAGCACCCCGAGCGGCUGGAACCUCAACGUGGAGCCCAACGGAACCUGGGUCUUCACCAGUGAACUCUCUCCAGAUCAGUGGAUCAAGUCUGUGGACGACCGAGGGCAGACCUACUACUACCUGAGAGACGGCUCCAGGUCUCAGUGGAACCUGCCUGAGGCCCCUGGUCACUCUAGGGUGGAGAAUGGCGUUGAGGUGGAAAACGUGUCGGUCAUUAAAAACUGGAGACACACCAUGGGACCUGCUCAGCUCAGCUCCGCUCAGGAUGAAGGGAGAUUCGUGCCAACUCACAGGAGGAACACGUCCGACUACAGCAGCGACAGCUCCAGCACAGGGAACUCUCCAGAGACGCAGCAUAACGCUUUUGGGUUUAGACCCUGGAGAAGCCCUUAUUAUCUGACCUCCAGGUGGCUGCGCUAUAACUUGCAGAACUUAGAAAAAGCCGGAAUUCUCAACAAAACAAAAGUGUCUGAGAACGGCAAGAAAGUCAGGAAAAACUGGGGCCAGACAUGGACGGUUCUCCACGGAGGAGUGCUGACGUUCCACAAAGACCCAAAGUCCGCAGCGACGGGGGCCUCGAGCAAGACCAAUCAGAUUGUUCCGGAGGUCACGGUGGACCUGCGAGGAGCCACGAUUGGCUGGGCCUCCAAGGACAAAUCCAGCAAAAAGAAUGUUUUAGAGUUAAAAGGUAAGAACGGUGUGGAGUUUCUGAUUCAGUACGACACUGAAAGCAUCAUCAACGACUGGCACAAAGUCUUAAUGGACACCAUACGACAACUGGAGUACCAGGACCAUCACUCAGAGGAGGAGGACGGGGAUUUAUACGAGAAGAUCGUAGAGCCUAGCGGCGCUGGCAUCGACAAGCGAAGAUCCUCGAAGCCGAGUGUCACACACUCAAACAGCUCUGCGGCAGACGUUGAUCAGAAAAGGGUUCGAACCAAGCUGAUGAAGUUCCUCUUGAAACGUCCAACGCUGCAGUCAGUCAAGGAGAAAGGAUACAUCCGAGACAAUGUGUUCGGUUGCCAUCUGGGCACACUCUGUGCACAGGAGAGGACCACAGUUCCCAGUUUUGUGGAGAGAUGUAUCAAAGCAGUGGAGAAGAGAGGUUUAGACAUUGACGGACUCUACAGAGUGAGCGGGAACCUCGCUGUCAUUCAGAAACUGCGCUUCAAGGCUGAUCACGAGGAGCUGGACCUGGAGGACGGGCAGUGGGAGGACGUUCAUGUCAUCACCGGAGCGCUCAAGUUGUUUUUCCGAGAGCUUCCUGAGCCGCUUUUCCCAUUCAGCCACUUUGAAAACUUCAUCAAAGCCAUCAGAAUUUCUGAUCAUAACACAAAAGUGUCUUGCAUGCGUGAACUGGUCAAAUCCCUUCCUCCUCCAAAUCACGACACCAUGGAACUUCUUUUUGGUCAUUUACGCAGGGUCAUUCAGUUCUGGGAGGACAAUCGCAUGACUGUGCAGAACGUCGCCAUCGUGUUCGGUCCAACGCUGCUUCGGCCAGAGAUGGAGGCGUCCAACAUCGCGAUACACAUGGUGUUUCAGAACCAGAUCGUGGAGUUCGUUCUGAAUGAAUAUGAGCGAAUCUUCCACUCCAGCUAAAGCAGUCGCACGCCUCCAGGGCAGAACGGGGCAAACGUCUAAAUGUGCUCACGUUGUUUGAAGAAGCUAGAUUUUACCUUUGCAUGCACGUAAACAGCUUCGGUGCAACACCUGAAGACAAAACUCAUCUUUUAACAGAAGUGAAGGGCUCCUCGAGCGUUCUCUGCUCAGAAUAUUUGAAGUUUAACACCGUAAAACUAGUAAAGUUCAAAUAGUCUUUGCUGAGAAAAUUUGAAGCAUGUGUAACCAGAUUUAGUCCAUAGGAGGCUCACACAGUUAGAACUACGUUUGGCAGUAUUGUAGGAACCUGACCUGCACAGGUGUCGGUGUGGUUUAGUUUCCCAUCUCAGUUUAUUGAGUCCGUUGGGCAGAAGAACGGCUGCGUCAGAUCUGUGAGAGUCAAACUGUUUUUAUCGCACAAAUCACAUUCUGGAGAUUUUAAUAAGUUCGUUGGUUUUAUUUUUCAAAUUCCCAGCUGAAAUAGGAACCAAGUCACAGCAGCACAGAUGCAUCAAUUCUCUCUGUAAGAAAUCGUCACUGAUUGCUUCCGUCUUUAUUUUAGUUUAAUGACUUAAAUAUUGUUUGGAUUUGGUAUUAAAGUAUGCCACAUAUUGCAAUAACUGAGAUUAUAAUCCAAUAUUGCAUUAUUUUCUUUAUGUUUUUACCCAUGAAUGUUUUAUUGUAAUAUAGAAAUGUAUAAAAAAUAAAUAUUAAUACCAGUAUCUUGCUGUGAACUAGAUGGUGAAAUAGAAUACCUGUGCAACCUGUAGGUUGUUUUCCACUGAACUGUAAAACAAAUGUUUUCGAUUGUGCUGUACUUGAAGAAACUGUACAAUAACAUAGAAAUAUAAAUAAGUGAUCUGUUUGACAGUCGGUGGUUAAGUCAAUCAGACCAUGAAAAAGUAAACUGGAUAUUAGCAGAGAUUUAUUUCCUGUAAAUAGAAAUAGAAAGCAGGUUUAUGCUGAAAGGUGUUGAAAAUACACAAGCUAUUCAAUAAUAAAGUAACUU